CUGAUGACAUCACACAGUUGGACCGCGGCGCGCUCAGACUCAGAGGAACUAGUUGUUGGAGCAGAGAGCGCAGCAGCAGCAGCGGCGGCAGCAAGCAGCGGCAGUUUAUUACAUCCAGAGCACCAGCUGGAGGAAAUAUUUACCUGUGCGCUGCCAGGAAGAACUCAGAGGGAUUUUCAUUCAUUUUUUUUUUAUCAGACUCCGUCAUAAAGGCGCAGUGAGCGACACUUGAAACAAGAAUCUCUGUCGGACCCCUAGUCUGUCCUGUAUCCAGACAAGUUUUUUUUCCGCCUUGAAUGAGUGAGAUUUAACACAAAAACUGAGUAAUAUCUUUCGGUUCUACAUAUAUUUCGGAGAGACAGCGCGCCUGGGUUCAUAAAGAGGACCGUAAUCAACCAUGGCGAGACAUGACGCCCGAAAUUGGCAUGACUGCACAAAAAUGACCGGACUGCUCUUCUCGGUCGCAUCGAUACUUUUAAUACAAGGAGCGUCAGGUCAGCGGGUGAAGGUGGAGCCAGAGGUGUUGUCAUAUCCUGGUCAGACAGUCAACCUGCGCUGUGCCUUCACUGAUGCCACUGGGAUUCAGCUCACAAUGGUCACAUGGAUCUAUGAGCCGAAGGACGGAGAAAGGCUCAACAUUGCCGUGUUUCACCCCAACUUUGAUCCCAACUACCCCGACUCACCUGUGAAGGGCAGGGUCAGCUUCACACCAAGUCCCCCCAACCUGGCCAGCCCUUCCAUCCAGAUAAGCGACGUUAGGAUGACUGAUGAGGGGAAGUACAUCUGCGAGUAUGCCACCUACCCCAGCGGCAACGAGCAGGGCAUCACCUACCUGGUCAUGCUUGCUAAGCCCCAGAACUCGGCCUCCAUCGUAACAGUGGAAGCAGGCACUAAGCCGGUCGUUGUGGCACGAUGUGAGUCUGUAGAUGGCCGCCCCGCUGCCGGGAUCUCCUGGGUGACCACAGCCAAUGGCAAUGGGACAACAGUGUCUAAGGCGGGAGCAGACAACACCGUGACAGUAAGCAGCGAGUACCGCAUGGUUCCCACACCAGCAGACAAUGGGAAAGACAUCAGCUGCGUGGUGACACACAGAACCCAGGCCAAACCAGAGAGCUUCCCAUUGAAACUGGCAGUUCAAUACGCCCCUAAGGUGACAAUAACAGGUUAUGACAACAAUUGGUAUGUGGGUCGUACAAAUGUGGCGCUCAUCUGCGAGGCUACCGGAAACCCCGUUCCAAUCUCCGUCCAGUGGAAGACUAUGACAGGAGAGAUGCCAGACACGGUCCAGAUUAAAGACAACCAGCUGAAGAUACUGAAGGUGGAUGACGCUGUCAACGUCACUUUUGUCUGUGAGGUCAAGAACCGCAUAGGGAUUGGCAGGGACCAGAUCACAGCCAUUGUCAGGGAGCCCUCAGUGAACCCAUCCAAUGCCGGCGUGGUGGCGGGGGCUGUGAUUGGCUCCCUGCUGGCCCUCCUUUUGGUCGCCGCUCUCAUCGCAGUGCUUGUCACCCGUAGCCGCAGACAACAGCAGGGUUACCGAGCCAAUGGCGGCAGUGACAUGAAGACACGCAUAUUUGGUGGCGGCAAGAAGGCCAGCAAGAAUGGAACAGGUGGAGGCGCAGGCAGCGGUGGCGUGGGAGGCGGUAACAACAACGGCCCCAUCUAUGUUUACAACGAGAGUUCCUCCCACCAGGGCCUCGGAGAGAAAAACAACCACCACCAGCCGCUCACCAUUGGGGGCCGGCCUGAAGUUGUCACCACUACACCCACUGCCCAAGACAUCCUGCUAAGCAAUGAGUUAGACGACGCGGAGAGGAGGAAGUUUGAUGAGCUUGAGGAGGACGAGCGGUAUGACCACUUCACCGGAGGCGCCCCCAUCCUUCAGCUUCGCCCACCUCAUGACCAGGACGAUAUUAUUGGAGAUUACCUGGAUGAUGACAUGGAGUCCCAGCGGGAUGGCUCUGUCAUCUCACGGACUGCUGUCUACGUAUAGAGCAGGAGGAGAGGAAAGGAGGAGGAGAAAAAGGAGGGGUGGAGGAUUCCUCUCGAGGAUUUUGUGGCUUCAGGGUCUCGUCCCUGUCUGAUAGAGAAGAGAAAAUGAUACCACUUUUAUUUUUGAAAAUUGAUUUUAAAUAUAGCCUAUUGUUAAUCACAGUUCAGCCCCAGAAUUGACUGAAUGAACAGGAGGGUGUGGUGGGAUAUUCUGAACGGAGCGUUGCUGUUAUCUGGUCCCUUAAAACUGAAAAUCAAACAGAGAAGAAACAACCUGUCUCCCACCGCUUCUGCUCAUGCUACUGCUAUCACUGGGACCCUGACAAGGACUCCUGACAGACAGACAGACUAAAAGAGAGAAACUAUGUAGUGUGGGAGGAGGAUAAUGGCAUCAUGAUACAAGCUUGGCUUUAGAGGAUGCAUCUCACUUGCAUAUUCACUCUUAUCUUCACCAAAACAGUAGAAGUGGAAGGGGUUGUCAAGCAGUUACACGUUGCCUGCUAUUCUCAGUCCUCCUGUGGGAAACCUUUGUUUUGGUAAUGCGUUGUACUGUGACAGCUGGGUAGGUAGUUAGUAGCUAGUGAUGGGUUGGGGGGAGAAACAUUUGAAGGUAAAGACAGUAAGCAUCAGGUGAUUUAGAGAAGAGAACUUUAUAUUUGCUCAUGUCUGCCGCACCAGGUACACUGGUGAGUUCUCUUUUCCACUCUCUGCCUUCCUCUCAAACUUAAAAAAUCUACUCUGCAAACUAUCACUGACAGCAGACACUGUUGAAUUUACAAAAAAUUAAAAAGAACAAUAGGUCCUUAUGUGCUACACAAAUACAAGAGCAGCUGAAUUUAACAAAGUAAGUUUGCAGAGCUUGAGUUUGAACCAAAUUCUUAACAAGGUAUUCAUGCAAACUUUUGUACUGUGCCUGGAGGUAAAAGACGGUAAACAAGAGACGAGGGAAUGAGGUGUAGCCGAUCUGACAGGGUCAAAGGAUGGAGAGAGGGAUGCAGGAGGACUAGAAGGGAGCACGUCUCUUCGUUUCUCUUCCUCCUCAUCCCCGUCUCUUCAGAGCGCUCCUGACAGGAGGAGCUUGAUUGGUAAUGAGCCGUGAAGUCGCUCGCUUAGCCGGGACCAACAGAUUGCCACCACUUAUCGUUUAUGACGUGGCGAUUCCUCCACCCCCCCCCCAUCUCUAUCUCUCUAUCAUCCCUUCGCCUCUCCCUCUCUCUUCAUCCUUCUCUCCCAGUGUUUAUGGGGAGUUUAUGAUUUAUCCAGGGCAGUGUCGGGGUCAGGGCCACGGAGAGCAGGGGAGUAUUUUACUGCUCCUGAUGUGUCAAACGCCCCACUUACUCUGUUCCUGCCCGGGCUUGCCCUGACAUGCCAGGACUGACUAAUCCACCUGGAGUGGUCAUGUUCACUCCGCUGCACGGACAGUGUCUUCACUUGAGCAUUACUGCCUCCGCCCAUAUUUUAAUAAAUGGCUGGAUGUAACAGAACCUCACCUCCAAAGUACGACCGCAUUAGGUUAGAUAGAUUUUCAAUGAGAUCAUGUAAUAUUUCUUUCCAUCUGCGGAUGUUGUGAAAUGUAGUGGAUUGAUCGGGAGACAUAAAGGUUGCGUCCACAGCAAAGCUAUGGGAGUCAUAUUGACUAACAGGCAACAAGCAGUGAAAUGGCCCUUUAUGAUGCAGCUUCAUGGCUGAUUGUCUCCUGACUGUUAAUUUAUCCUUCUAACGAGCCACCGGAGGCCUGCUCAGGCGAGCAUUACUUCAUGGCUACUGUACACUCUGCCUUUGAGGCUUAGUGUGUACAUUUGCAUGCGUCACUGUAUCUAUGUAGCCACUGGAUGACUGUGACGGACAAUCUUGGAGAGAAGCCCUACUGUAGCUCCUCUAAUCAUGCUUUUUCCUGGCCCUCUAAUCAACUCCCUUUUGACCCACUGGGAAUCUUUUGAGUGUGGUCUCGGUGACUGUACUGACCUCUCGUAAGACCCAGCUGAGAUCUUGGUUGCAGCUUGCUGCAGGUCAUGAGGUCAAAUACUGGGUGACCUAUUGCCAAGGGUAAGGAUGACUGCGCGUGCAUGCAUUUCUUAUCAUAGCUGUUUUAACCUUGAACUAUGGAUGUGAGAAACACUCACAUACAGAACUCCGUAUAUGGUAGAGGCAGUCCCUGUUUGCCAUUGUGAUGGCUGUUAACCUUGAGAGAGGCAGAGAGAGACAGAAGAGGCAGAUGACAAAAAAAGAACAUGUUCAGUGUUUGAGCACCAUCUGGCAUGUUGUGAGCCGGUGUGUUCAAUAGCAUUAUCGUCUAAUGGCCUUAGCUUAUACAUAAAUGCAACUCCUGUCAACCUGGGGUACAGUUAAUUUACAAAACACAGUUGAUUUGUCACAACCGCUCAAAAUAAAAAUGUAUAACUUAUUUUUGCACUUGUGUGUGUGUGUGUCACCGCUAUAAUGAGAAAAAUGAGUGUAAUUUGUGGUUUUUGGGGUCAAAAUAGUGACAAGGGACAAACUGUUCUGUACUGUAUGUACAUUUUGGUGUGAGGUAUCUGUGUACUAUAUAUGUAAGCAUUUUUAUUUUCUUGUGAAAAUGUGGAUAUUUAUGAAAAUGUAAAUAUCAGAUCGAUGGAGCCAGUGUUGCCAGUGUUGUGGAACUAAAAAGAGGAAGGCGUUCUGCGUUGGUUAAGCCUAAAGUUCAGAUGCCUCACAGGGCAUUCAGAAUGUAAUUUUUAAUCUAAUGAAUACCUCGGUGGUUUGGGUUUUUGUUCAAUAAGCAUUACCUGCAUUUCCACACAAUAAGCACACACUAUUUUUUUGCACAAUUGGCUUCUCUUCUCCUCGACAGGCACUCGGCACAAUAUAAAAUACAAAAUAACACACAAUACUCAUAAUUUAUCAGGUAGACCGUAACCACAAAAGUUUUUUUUGCGUCUGAGUCAGCUCUGUGUGUGUGUGUAAGUUGUGUGUCAGUGUGUAUUUUAGUGAUGCUUGGGGGCUUCGGGACAUUUCUCACUGCCAUAGAGGCUGUAACCUGAGUAGCCACCCUUUGUCACCAUGGAAAACUGGCAAACUGAACAUAUUAUUGUGCAUUUCGAAGACACACUUGCUCUCUCUCACACACACACAGAUACACAUGCAUUACAUAUAUAUAUAUAUAUACGCACAAUGCAGAGAAACAUUCGCCCACACACAAACACCCCUCAGUGACUCUCAUUAUGUUCACUCCCACAGCCAAACUGUGCAGAAGACACCUCAUACCUGACAACUCUGCCAUCUCCUGACAUAAGCCCACACAAAUGCACUCACAUAGCUGCACGCAAAAACACACACACACACACACACGCGUGCGAAAACACUACUUCUUUCUCCUCUUCUUGCUCAGUGGCUCUGUCAGGGCAUAUAUUGUGUCCUGUUAUCGUGGAAAGAGCCGCAGCAUGAUGUGUCCCCUGCUCCACUGCUUUCCAUCUCUCCAAAUAGUCUGACCUGUUCUCGAAUCAAUGACCAUGUAGAACAGCGACAACUACACAUCCAGGGACACACACCUUUCACCUAGUGUCAAAAGAACAGGCUUUUUAGGAAACUUUGUCCGUUCCGCUUUUGUUCUACACAGGAAAUAUAGCUUUCAUGAAAUGCCACCGCACUGACCUCCUCCCCCUCCCAGAUCCUUUCAAAUGCUUUUAGAGGAUCACAACUUCCUACUCAUCUUCAAAAUAUUGGAAUUUUUUUUGACUUCUCUCACUUCAGCCACCUCCGCCGCCAUACCCGCCUCCACAGACACACACAUGAUUGCCACCCACCAAAACACCCAAGUAAGGCUUGUCAGACAAAAGUCUUUUAGAGAAAUCUACGAUCCUGGCCCGGGUCUAGCACAAGGUUACAUCAAAAUACACAAUAUUUUUUUCUUCUUCCAGAAAGCCACAUACUGUUGCUAUUUCUUUGGCUCCAAACAUCUGAUGACUAAUCAAAGCCUUAACAUCUCCCAUCUCACUCACAUAAGAGAAAAAAAAAAAGAGAAAACCUUCCUUUGUACAUAAUAUAAAUAUAUAAAUAUGUAGCAGAGAAAAAGAAUUACUAAUUUAUGGUGUCACGUUUGUGUAUUUCUCAGUGACAGCAAGCAUGAAGGAUUUAUUUUCUCCUCUUACAAUUUCUCCUCUUUUCUGUUAUUUUGCAGUGCUUUAUAAUUUAUGUUUUCUGAGUGCUUUAUUCUUGACUGCUGCGCUGUGAUUGCUGCCAUAACUGGCAAAUGUGCUUCUUCUAUACAAAUGAACUGUGCACACAACAAAACAGUCUUACCCCCAAAAUGUGCUUUUUCUUGACUGCUCUGUGUAAAAGUUUUUUUUUUCUUUUUUGUAUUUUUUUAAUUUUAAACUUAUUUUGUUCUUUGAAAAGAAAAACUGAAUUAGAAUUGUUGUCACCAUUUGUCAUGUCUUUAUAUUUUUUCGUAUU